UGGCUAGACUUGCUAGUGAUUAUUUGCAAUUAGAAAAAAUGCUUCCAUAUUUUCAAUAUGUUAACUUAAUUAAGUGACAGAAAUGGCUGAAGGAAAGGAGACAGGUGGAACUUCGGGCAAGAUUCGCACAACAGCGGAACAUAAAGACUGUCCGUUGCCGGAAACAUUAAAAGCGCUGCAAUUUCCAGAGAAGCAGCAAUUGAUACAAGAAUAUUCGUGGACAAAAACUGUUCCGUACAAACAUUGGCAUAGCUAUGUGAAGCCUACUGACAGUAUAGGCAGUAUCUUCACACCUGGUGUACACACAUAUCGAACCAGAACUUUAAUUAGACGUGGUGUCAAGCCUGUACGAUGGCAUCCUUUCGGUAUCGAUGGUGUGCUCGUGAGUCCGCCUCGUAUUUUCAUUGAACGACAUAAUGAAGAAGUUAAACGAAGAGCUGCAGCUUUGGCCGAGAAGAAAUAUGAUGCUUUGCCGGAAAAUAUAGUGAGUCUGAGAGAUCUAGUGGAUGACACAUGGUUGCGGAAGAAACGUCAGAAGGCGAGAAUCUUGAAGGAAAAAGAGUUAUCGAUAUGUAGAGGAAAGAUAAAGCGAAGAUUGGAUCGGAAGAUGGUACGUUAUAUUGAGGCCGAAAUUCCGAAAUCCGUGGAAGAACAAUUAGCCGAGUUAAUGACAAUAGUUAUUGAGGAACAGAAGAUAAAACCUGAGGAUAUUGCUAAAGUAAUUUAUCUUAGAGAUUAUUGCAUAAGCGAUCAUCACCUACAACCAUAUGAUUACAUUAAUAUUGACGCAGCGAAAAAGCGUAUCAUUGGUAAAUUGCAAGAACGUGAAGACUUUGACGCGAUAAUGAAAGGUUUGGAACCAGAAAUAAUUGAUGACUAUAAACGAAGUCUUCGUAGCGCAAUAGUGGAUUAUAUUCUGAUGGAUUCUGAUGAACGGAAACGUUUAUCUAUUGAAACGGUUCCUAUUGAAUUCCCUGUUUUAUGCGUUCGCGCACCAGUGCCCUGGCAUCGGUCCAAAGUCACGACAAGUCAUUCCAUCCAACAUAAUCUUUUUAUCGGCAAUGAGAUAUUAAGAGACAUCCGAGAUUUAUGGUUUACAAAAUAUCGUCAAGUAAGAAUAAUUUACAUGCAAGAUUUUGGUGUGCUUCCUGUUCUGGCCGCGGAAAUUGAACCGAGACUCGACGUCCUGUGUGUUGCCGCCACUGAUGUUCUCAUUAAAGAAUGGUUGGCCGAUGUGGCAGAAAUCUUUCUUGAGAAGAAAUAUGAUUGGUCGCAGUAUUUCGAAACACAGCCCUGUGCGUCCACCGCGAUGAUCGAGAAAUAUUUUCGCAGCGUCAAUUCUUUAUUGUCAAAGCAAUUGCGGAUCAUGAUAAUAAAGACACUAGAAGACGUGAAAGACUUCUUCAUGCAGUACGAUGCUGGCAAUGCUUUCGAAGGAGACUAUAAGGAUCUCAUGUUUCUCAACACUCCUUUCAUAACAGUAAAAGUGGAACCGGAACUUGGCACGACGAAAUUAUACUGCAAACCGAGCAUUCUAAAGUUGCACACCAUAAUCUCGCUAUGUUUUGACAAGAUCAUUAAGGUAGGCACUAUGAUACCCAAGAUUGAGACAAUUUUGUUUCCGGAAUUGGAGGACGCGGGUCACUUAUUUCCUAUUUCGCGAUUCGAAGAUACGGUAAUGAGCAUUAUCAGCGAUGUUUUAGACGUAAUCACUAAACAUAUAACUGGUCCUAAUAAUUACCUCCAGUGCUACCAAAAUUUACUGUAUAUUACAAGUGGAGUAGCCGGGAAAUCGAUCCAGAAAAAGUUUAUAGCUCUAUGCCAAAUUUUCCUAUAUAAGUUUUCCUAUAUGAGUUUUAAAACUUGAUAAUAGUUUAAAUAAUUUGACUGGUUUUUUUAGAUCCCGUUGAAUAUGAUCGAGAUCGACUGCAGUACUGUGAACGAUACAAUGAAAGAAAUUCUACACGCUCUUCGAAGUAGAAUAUGCAAUUUCUUUGCGGAUGAAUUACGAGUCAAUAAUCGCGAAUUAUGCACGAUCUUCGAUGAGAUAGCGGAGAAUAUCUCGAAGAUGCCGGAAACAACACAGCAGGUUGUCGAACUGUACAACUACCUGUGUGAGAGUCGCGAUACAACAAUGUUCAAUCUGAGGAGACGAUUAGCUCGUUCGGUCGAGUUGACAUUGUUUCUGUUCGAUCAUCAAGCGCUCUCAGAUGACGACAUUCAUUUAAAUUCACGCACUAUCACCUGGCCGAAGGAAAUGGAGGUUGUGAUGGAAUUGGCAAGCAAUAGAUUGAACAUGAGAAAGGACUUCUUAGAAACGGUGCUUCGUACGAGACGAGAUACUUUCGAAAAGAGAAUAGUUACGAUACAAUUAGCGAUCGAUCAAUUUAAGCGAAAAGAUCCACCAGUUCUUACGAUGGAGGAGAUGGAACAGGCUGUGGAAGAAAUUGAGCACAUUUCCAUAACUAUGACGGAGAUUCGUAAAGAAGCCGAAGAAAUCAACGAGGAGGAGGGAUUGCUGGACAUGGAACUGAGUCCAUAUAUGGAACUGCCGACUAUGUUCAGCACAGUAGAAACCUUCGACAAACUCUGGCAUACUGUUUUGGAAUUUCAUCAGAAUUACGACAAAUGGUUCUAUGGUUCAUUUAUAGGUCUAGACGCCGAACAGAUACGCGAGGAUACCGAAAAUACGUGGCGAACUCUGUACAAGUUAUCGCGCAUGCUGACGGAAGUGCCAGGCGCGAGGCGUGUCGCCGAGAUGGUACGAGGCAAGGUGGAAAAGUUCCGGCAGUUCAUUCCAGUAUUACAGAUUAUCUGUACUCCAGGUCUACAAGCCCGACAUUGGGAGGCGAUCAGUAAGAUUGUCGAUGUACCGAUAGUACUAACAGACAUUAGUAACUUAUCGGAAAUGAUCGAGUAUGGUCUAUCUGCUUUCAUCGCCAAGCUGGAAGAGAUAGCUUCGGCGGCCAUAAAAGAGUACACAUUACAGCGGAACUUGCUGAAGAUGAAGGAAGAAUGGCAGGAGGUGUAUUUCGAGCUUACUCCUUAUCGAGAGACCGGAGUGUUUAUAUUAUCCGCCGUGGAUGAUAUACAAAUGUUGUUGGAUGAUCACAUUCUCAAAGCGCAGACUAUGCGCGGUUCACCCUUCGUGAAGGCAUUCGAAGAAGAAAUGCAGCGGUGGGAGGAGAAAUUGAUAUCGAUGCAAGACAUCAUCGAUCAGUGGUUACUCUGCCAGUCCACUUGGAUGUAUCUGGAACCGAUAUUCAGCAGCGAGGACAUCAUGCGCCAAAUGCCGACCGAAUCAAGAAACUUUCGUAGAAUCGACAAGAUUUGGCGCAAUAUCAUGUUGUAUGUCUUUGAUAAUAGACGGGUGACCGACGCCACUGCGAUGCCGAACAUGCUGCAGGAAUUCAAGCUCUGUAAUUCACUUCUCGAAGAGAUCCAGAAGGGUCUAAAUGAAUAUCUAGAGAAGAAGCGUCUGUUCUUCCCGCGAUUCUUCUUUCUAUCGAACGAUGAAUUGCUGGAAAUUCUGUCCGAGACCAAGGAUCCGCAGCGAGUACAGCCGCAUUUGCGAAAGUGCUUUGAGGGUAUUAGUAAACUUCGUUUCACCAAGGACGAGGAGAUCAUUGGCAUGUUGUCGGCCGAGGAAGAAUACGUACCUCUGAGUGGCAAGAUUUACCCAGCCGAUGCGAAGGGUAUGGUUGAGAGAUGGUUAUGCCAAGUGGAAGAACUUAUGGUGAUAUCGAUGCGCGAUGUCGCCGAGCAGAGUAUACUAGCAUACUUCGAUGCCAUACGUGAGGAGUGGGUACUCUCGUGGCCAGGUCAGAUUGUCAUUUGCGCCAGCCAAAUACAUUGGACCAGCGAGGUAUACGAAUCCUUUGAGGAACGUUCUACGGCGAUCUACUUAAGCAAGUGCACUGAUCAAAUAGAGGAUAUUGUAGCACUUGUUCGUGGCAAACUAGAACCUGGCGCUAGGAUAACACUGAACGCCUUGAUAGUGAUAGAUGUGCAUGCCCGGGACGUGGUAAGACUGCUGGUCGACAAACAGGUCGAUGAUCCUUCGGACUUCAAUUGGAUAGCGCAGCUUCGUUACUACUGGCUGGACGAUUGCAUCACCGUCUCUAUGGUCACGACUAAUAUCAUGUAUGCCUUCGAGUAUCUCGGCAACACGUCAAGACUGGUGAUAACGCCGUUGACAGAUCGAUGUUAUAGAACUUUAAUGGGCGCGUUGAAGUUGAACUUAGGCGGUUCGCCGGAAGGACCGGCGGGCACCGGUAAAACAGAAACAGCCAAGGAUCUUGCAAAAGCUGUGGCUAAGCAAUGUGUGGUGUUCAACUGUUCCGAGGGACUCGAUUACAAAGCGAUGGGCAAAUUCUUCAAAGGUAUUGCACAAUCGGGAGCCUGGGCGUGCUUUGACGAGUUCAACAGAAUCGAAUUAGAGGUGCUAUCCGUGAUCGCGCAGCAAAUACUGUCAAUACAGAUGGCUAUAAGCAUGAAGCUUGACAAGUUUAUCUUUGAAGGCACCGAGAUAAAGUUGAAUCCCACCUGCAACGUCAUCAUAACUAUGAACCCGGGUUACGCCGGACGGCAAGAACUACCGGAUAAUCUGAAAGUGCUAUUUCGAACAGUAGCAAUGAUGGUACCGGACUAUGCCAUGAUCGGUGAGAUCACUUUGUACUCGUAUGGCUUUACGGAUGCUAAGAUUCUCGCGGAGAAAAUAGUUCACACUUACAAAUUAUGCUCCGAACAAUUGAGUUCUCAAAAGCAUUAUGACUAUGGGAUGCGAGCGGUCAAAACUGUAUUGAUAGCGGCCGGCAAUCUGAAGCUCAAGUAUCCAAAGCGCAGUGAACAUAUACUGGUUCUUCGUGCCAUCGUAGAUGUUAAUCUGCCGAAGUUCUUGUCCGAGGACGUUUCUCUCUUCAACGGCAUCUAUACGGAUCUCUUCCCGGACGUGGCACUGCCUCAACCGGAACGUGAUGAACUGGUGAAUCUGCUGAAGACAAAUCUAGAGAAGCGAAACCUCCAGGCUACCGACUGGUACGUGGAGAAGAUUGUGCAAAUUUACGAGAUGUUACUCGUACGGCAUGGUCUGAUGAUUGUCGGCACCGCCCUGGGUGGGAAGACGCAGGCUUAUAAGGUGCUGGCCGAUUCUCUGGGCGAUUUAUCAAGUAUACGGAAAGCCACGAUGCGAGAAUACCGUACAGCCUACCGGGUGAUCAAUCCCAAAGCCAUUCCGCUGAGUCAACUGUACGGUAGCUUUGAUCCGGUGUCACACGAAUGGAGCGACGGCGUGCUGGCCAACACGUUUCGCGAAUACGCACAAUCUAUCGCGAUCGAACGUAAAUGGAUCGUGUUUGACGGCCCGGUGGAUGCAAUCUGGAUCGAGAGCAUGAAUACUGUGCUGGAUGAUAACAAGAAACUUUGUCUGAUGUCCGGUGAGAUCAUACAAAUGUCCGGGAAGAUGAAUAUGUUUUUCGAACCAGCCGACCUCGACCAUGCCUCGCCUGCCACUGUCAGUAGAUGCGGCAUGAUCUAUAUGGAGCCUUCUCAGUUGGGCUGGCAACCAAUCUUUGAAUCUUAUAAAAAACACCUUAAAGAGAAAUUGUUAUUUGAACAGUACGAGCUCAUUGUUGAAUUGAUCGAAUGGCUAACCGAACCGAUAUUGCGUUUCAUCCGAUCUAAUUGUAAAACUUUUAUAGACACAUCGGAGAUACAUAUGUUCUUGUCUUUCACGAGAGUAUUCAGCAUGAUGUUGGCAGAGGAGACGCAAGUGAGCACAGUGUGGCUUCAGUGCGUAUUACUGUUUAGCAUAGUUUGGGGCAUUUGUCCAACAUUAACGAGCGACAGCAGAAAAACUUUCGACGUGUACCUACGAAAACUAUUACUCGGUACUAUCGAAGAGUAUCCUAAGCCAAAAGUGUUUAAGUUGACAAAGCAACAAAUCUUUCCCGAUAGAGGUACGGUAUAUAAUUGGAUUUACGAUAAAAGGAACAACGGAUGCUGGAUAUCUUGGAUGGAUACUAUGCAACAGGCACCUUUACCAGCAACAGCGAAAGCCAGCGAGCUGAUCAUUCAGACAACGGAGACAUCCAUUCAGCUUUUUUUUAUCAAACAAUUUAUGCAUCGAUCGAUACCGCUUUUGUUUGUGGGCCCGACGGGCACCGGCAAAUCCGCGAUCGUGCUAAACUACCUUGUAUCGUUGCCACGGGAAAAAUUCUUGGAGAAUGUUAUAAACUUCAGCGCACAUACGAACGCACCGCAGACGCAGGAGAUAGUUAUGUCAAAGUUGGACAGAAGGAGAAAGGGAGUUUACGGUCCUGCCAUGGGAAAAAAAUGUGUGCUAUUCGUGGACGACCUUAGCAUGCCACAGGUGGAGAUCUACGGUGCCCAACCGCCGAUAGAAUUACUUCGACAAUGGAUAGAUCAUGGUUACUGGUUCGAUCCGAAGGAUACCUCGAUGUUGCAUUUGGUGGAUAUUUUGCUGAUCGCGGCUAUGGUACCCCCUGGAGGCGGCUCUAAUGUCGUGACACCGCGAUUCACUCGCCACAUGCACGUGAUUGGCAUCGAUUCUUUCGAAGAAGCCACUAUGACGAAGAUCUUCUCAUCGAUUCUCGAUUGGCACUUCGCCAAGGGUUUUGUUCCGGAGAUUUCAAGACUGAGCAAGAUGGUAGUGAGCGCUACCAUGUAUGUAUUUCUCGAAGCCAUCAAAAAUUUUCUUCCAACGCCAUCGAGAAGCCAUUACAAGUUUAAUUUACGUGACUUUAGCCGAGUUAUCGGCGGCGUACUUUUGGUUCCGGCCGCUAGAAUGAAGGAUCCCGACAAACUUAUCAGAUUGUGGGUUCAUGAGGUAUACCGAGUUUUCCAUGAUAGACUGAUAGACGACACUGAUCGUGAGACACUGUUCAGGAUGGUACGACACACAUGCUACGAUCAGCUGCGUCAACCAUUGGACAAGGUGCUCGCCAAUUUGCUCAAGCCGGGUGAGAAAAUGAUAAAGAGUUCCCACAUUCGCGAUCUCUUUUUUGGAAAUUACAUCGAGCCCGAUGCCGAUCCGAAGGUGUACGAUGAAAUAACGAAUCUGGAAGAUCUUCAGGAGAAAAUGGAUUACUACUUAGCUGAGUACAACGCGGUUUCGCAAACGCCGAUGAAUCUAGUGUUGUUUCGUUACGCCAUUGAGCACGUCUCUCGCGUUUCUCGAAUAUUGUUACAGGAUAAUGGUCACGCUCUACUCGUCGGGGUGGGCGGUUCCGGUCGUAACUCUUUGGCCAAAUUGGCGACCAGCAUGUGUGAAUACCAGAUACAUCAGAUCGAGAUUACCAGGACCUAUGGGCCGACUGAGUGGCGAGAGGAUCUGAAACAGUUACUAUUGCGCGUCGGUUGUGAAGGCAAACCCACUGUUUUUAUCUUCGGUGAUCAUCAGAUCAAGGAUGAGUCCUUUAUCGAGGACAUCAACAUGAUUUUGAACACUGCGGACGUACCGAAUUUAUAUGCGGUGGACGAAAAGGCGGAGAUACUGGAGAAGAUGAUGAACAUCGCACGAGACGUAAGCGGCGGUAAAAAAGUAGAAAUGACGCCGAUGGUGCUCUACAAUCUUUUCAUUGAAAGAAUUAAAAAGAAUCUUCACAUAGUCUUGACGGUGUCACCAAUAGGUGAUACCUUCCGCAAUCGUCUCAGGAUGUUCCCGUCGCUUAUCAAUUGUUGCACUAUAGAUUGGUUCACGAUCUGGCCCGAAGAUGCCCUAGAGAAAGUAGCCAGGAUGUCGUUGAGAGAUCUUGACAUCGGUUCAGAACUGCGAGAGAAAUGCGUGCAGAUGUGCAAACAAUUCCACACGAGUGUCUCCGUGACGAGUGAAGAUUAUUACUUGACUUAUGGUAGAAGAUAUUACGUCACACCCACGAGUUUUCUGCAAUUGAUCAAAUCAUUAUAUAGAUUGCAUGGACAGAAAAUCGAGCAGAUCACCGUGCAACAGAAUCGCUACGAAACCGGUCUGGAGAAGCUAGAUUUCGCUGCUGGCCAAGUAACGAUCAUGCAGAACGAAUUGCAUCAAUUACAACCGAAGUUAUUAGCGCAGUCGCAAUUGAGUGACAAGCUAAUGAUUAGAAUUGAACAAGAUACUGUCAAUGUAGAAGCGAAGAAAGAAAUUGUGGCGGCUGAUGAAGCCUUGGCAAAUGAAGCAGCUGCGGCAGCUCAAGCAAUUAAGGACGACUGCGAGAGCGAUUUGGCAGAAGCUACGCCGGCGUUGGAAGCUGCUUUAGCGGCAUUGGACACUCUAAAACCGGCAGACAUCACGAUUGUGAAGGCGAUGAAGGCUCCACCAGCCGGCGUUAGAUUAGUGAUGGAAGCGGUUUGCGUGUUGAAAGGUAUAAAACCGGACCGAGUUCAGGAUCCGACCGGUCAAAUGGUGGACGAUUACUGGCCCGCAUCCAUCAAGCUGUUGGGCGAUAUGAAGUUUCUAGAGAACUUAAAAAAUUUCGACAAGGAUAAUAUACCACCAGCUUACAUGAAGCGUAUUCGCGAAAAGUUUAUAAAUGACCGAAGCUUCCAGCCAGAUGCAAUCAAGAAAGUAUCAACCGCAUGUGAGGGUCUCUGCAAAUGGGUGCGUGCCAUGGAGGUGUACGAUCGCGUAAUCAAAGUCGUGGCGCCGAAGAAGGCGAUGCUAGCGGAAGCGGAAGCUGCGUUAGCUACGCAGAUGGAAAUGCUGAACGAGAAGAGGGCUCUGCUGCAGGAAGUAACACAGAAGCUGCAGUCCCUCAACGAUGAAUUUGCUGAGUGUAUGCGUGAGAAGAAGAAGCUGGAGGAUCAGAUCGACUAUUGUAGGCAGAAGUUGGAAAGGGCUGAAAAACUACUGGGCGGUCUGAGCGGCGAGAAGAGUAGAUGGAGCGAGACCGCCAGUAAACUGGGCGCCAGUCUGGGGAAUGUGAUUGGAGACGUUCUACUAUCAUCCGGAAUGGUGGCUUAUUUGGGAGCAUUCACAGUGGAAUAUAGAAAUAAGUUAAUCGAUCAGUGGCACGCUUCUUGUAUGCAAGCGGCUAUACCAUGUAGCACGAAGUUUAAUUUGAUCGAUAUAUUGGGUGAAGCUAUAGAAAUCAGGAGCUGGACCAUCCAAGGAUUACCAGCCGAUAAUUUUUCGGUGGAAAACGGUAUAAUCGUGAAGCACGCUGAUCGUUGGCCGCUCAUGAUCGAUCCGCAAAAUCAAGCGAAUAAAUGGGUAAAGAACAUGGAGAAACUGAACAAGUUAGCGGUGAUUAAACUCACGGAUCCCAAUUACUCGAGAGUGAUGGAAAUGAGCAUUCAACUGGGAUCGCCGGUACUGUUGGAGAAUAUUCUGGAGGAGAUUGAUGCGAUUCUGGAGCCUGUGUUGCUGAAGAACGUAUACAAGCAGCGCGGAGUGCUAUAUCUGAAGUUUGGCGAAACCGUACUGGAGUAUAAUCCGAACUUUCGAUUCUAUAUCACCACGCGUUUGCGAAAUCCACAUUACCUGCCCGAGAUCGCGGUAAAGGUGACUCUACUAAACUUCAUGAUCACGCCGCAAGGUCUGCAGGAUCAGCUAUUAGGCAUAGUUGUGGCUAAAGAGCUACCGACGCUGGAAGAGAAGAAGAAUCAACUGAUAGUGGAAGGCGCGAACAACAGGAGGAUUCUAAAGGAGAUUGAGGAUAAGAUCUUGGAGGUUCUCACAACGUCCGAAGGCAACAUACUCGAAGAUGAGACCGCUAUCAGAAUUCUCUCGACCUCCAAGAUGCUGUCAGAAGACAUUGAGGCGAAACAGAAGAUUGCAGUAAAGACCUCGACAGAGAUAGACAAAGCUCGUAAUGGUUACAAACCCGUCUCGAAACACGGUGCGGUUCUCUUCUUUUGUAUCUCUGAGUUGGCCAACAUCGAUCCCAUGUACCAGUAUUCACUACCAUGGUUUUUACAUCUCUACGUCAUGGCAAUAACCAACAGCGAGCAAUCGACAGAGUUGGACUUGCGAAUGAAGAGUCUCAAUUCAUAUUUCACGGCAAGUAUUUAUAGAAAUGUAUGUCGUUCUUUGUUCGAGAAGGACAAACUGAUAUUCUCUCUGGUCCUUUGCGUCGGUCUACUACGCGCCGCUCAUAAACUAGAAGAAGAGCUUUGGGUAUUUUUAUUGACGGGUGGAGUGGCUCUCGACAAUCCUUAUCCUAACCCUGAUCCCUCAUGGCUAUCCGACAAAUCCUGGUCCGAGGUUGUGAGAGCUAGUCUUCUGCCAGGUCUUGAAAAAUUGAGAAAGUCCUUCCAGUCCAACGUGUCACGGUGGCAAGCAUAUUACGAUCUGUCGAACCCGCAAGAACAUUCUUUCCCACCACCGUUCGAGCACGAGGAUGAGAAUUUGAGGAAGCUCGUAAUCCUGAGAUGCGUAAGGACCGACAAGCUGGUCGCUGCCGUUCAGGCAUACAUCAUCCACCAUAUGGGCACAUCUUUCAUAGAACCGCCACCGUUUGAUCUCCAGAGUUCAUACGAUGACUCGAGCAAUAUUACGCCUCUCAUCUUCGUACUCUCGCCUGGAUCGGAUCCAAUGGCUGGACUGAUCAAAUUCGCCGAAGAUCGCGGAAUCUUGAAGAAGAAUCUCAUGACGAUAUCGCUGGGUCAGGGCCAGGGCCCAAUUGCAACUGACAUGAUCGAGCGUGGUAUCAAGAGCGGCGAGUGGGUCAUCUUGCAGAACUGUCAUCUUGCCAUAUCGUGGAUGAAGGAACUCGAUCGGAUAUGCGAUGAGAUUAUCGUGCCUGAAAGCACACAUCGCGACUUUCGUUUAUGGCUAACCAGCUAUCCAUCCAAAGGAUUUCCGGUGUCCAUACUGCAGAACGGUGUCAAGAUGACGAAUGAACCGCCGAAGGGACUGAAGAACAAUUUGCUGCGAAGUUACUUGAACGAUCCUAUAUCGGAUUUAAAGUUUUUCCGCGAGUGUACAAAAGUAGUAGAAUGGAGAAGGUUGUUAUUCUCUCUAUGUUUCUUCCAUGCGGUGGUGCAAGAAAGACGAAAUUUCGGUCCACUCGGCUGGAAUAUACCUUACGAAUUCAACGAGUCCGAUUUGCGUAUCUGUAUUCUGCAAUUACAACUAUUUUUAAAUGAUUACGACGAAGUACCAUUCGACGCGCUCAUUUAUCUAACAGGAGAAUGCAAUUAUGGAGGCAGAGUGACCGAUGAUAAAGACAGAAGGCUGCUGAAUUCGCUGCUGAAGAAUUUUUAUAAUCCUGAAGUUAUUACAAAAAUAGAAUACUCAUUUUCUCCGAGCGGAAUUUAUCGCAUGCCGGAGGACACGGAUUAUGAAGGAUGUCUGAAGUACAUUCGCAGCUUACCAAUUAAUCAAAUGCCGGAAGUUUUUGGCUUCCAUGAGAAUGCAGACAUAGCGAAGGACAAUCGAGAAGCAAUGCAACUGUUGGCCGGUGCGCUUUUAACCCAGCCACAGAUCAGCGGAGUAGGUGUAGAGAAAGACACGGACGAAGUAGUUUUUACUCUGGCCGGUGAGAUUCUAUCGAAGAUGCGACCACAAUUCGAUAUUGAAUAUGUGUCGAGGAAGUAUCCGGUACUUUAUAUGAAUAGCAUGAACACAGUGUUGCGCCAGGAACUCGUUAAAUUCAACGAGCUCAUCGAAGUCAUCAAGGAAACAUUGACCAAUGUGCAGAAAGCCAUUAGAGGGCUGGUACUAAUGUCACCGGAUUUGGAAGACGUUUAUCUAAGCAUGAGCAUCGGCAAAGUGCCACUCGCUUGGGACAGAAAAUCGUACCCCUCGUUGAAACCGCUCGGCAGCUAUGUAAAUGAUCUGUUGGCUAGAUUGCAGUUUUUGCAAGAUUGGAUCGACCACGACGCACCGAAUGUGUUUUGGAUAUCCGGUUUCUUCUUCACACAGUCAUUUUUGACGGCGGUACUGCAGAAUUACGCUCGCAAGCACAAGAUACCGAUCGACCAGUUAGACUUCGAAUUCGAGAUCACCCGGUCCGAAUCGAGCGCCAAUGCUGCGCCUUCCUAUGGAGUUUAUAUAAGUGGUCUCUUUUUGGAGGGAGCUCGAUGGAACAGAAAGACGAGAUUGCUGGAUGAAUCUAAACCUAAGAUAAUGUUCGACGUGCUACCCAUUAUAUGGUUAAAACCUGGUGAAAAGGCUAAAUUCGACAUAAAAGACGUUUAUUAUUGUCCAGUGUACAAGACAAGUGCUAGACGCGGUGUAUUAGCUACCACUGGACAUUCUUCUAAUUUUAUAUUAUAUAUUCUAAUCCCGACGGAUCUGGACGAAUCGCAUUGGAUUAAUCGAGGUGUAGCUGCUCUUUGUCAACUCGAUGAUUAAUAAAAGCAAUAAGGUAUGAAUCAUCGGAGUGAUUAAUGCAUAAU